AUGAAUAACGAAUACGAAUACCUGAAGCCCAAUUUCAAAUUUAAAUCACUAACCGUCUCUCAACUCAGGAGAAUAUUGGUGGAAAAUAAUGUUCCAUAUCAUUCAAGAUCAAAGAAGUCUGAGCUUAUGCAACUCUUCAAAGAUGCAAUUGUUCCUCAAAUACCAAGCUUGAGAGAGAAGUACCUGAAUGUUGAUUCUAAUACUGCUGAUAUAAUACGCAUUCCCAAGAGGAAGAAAUCAUUUAGUGCUCUGGAGGAAACAAUAGAAGGGUCUAAUGAAUCUUCUGGCAAUAAUAACGUUAUUGGAAAAAAAAAAGCUACUCCCAUGGAUAUUGCCUUCUCAUCUGAUUCCAAUUCAGCUUUAUCUUCAGAGUCAGAUUCAGAGUUCACUAAGCAAAUAAGGAGGGGAGAGGCUGUUACACCUAAAUCGAAAAAGAGAAAGAUUGAGAAACAGACAGGCACUCCAAUUCUUGACAGAGUUUCCAGCAAGAGUCCCUCGAAAACCCCCAAUAAGUCUAGAACUAUCGAAACAUUUGAUCUUUCGUCCUCAUCACCAUCACCCGUGGCUCUAAAGGAUUCUUCAUUAUACAGAAAUGUAAGUUCAAGUACACAACCGCCUCUAAGAACACCUACAAAAGCAGCUGAAUUUGAUUUUUCACAAAAGAGAAGAACCCUAUCUCCUGAUCUAGACAAACUUAAAGUAUCAGCAGCAUUUGCACAGCAGUUGAAGAAAGCUGUGAAAGAGAAUGAGAAAAAGAGCAAAGUACCAUCGUUUGCAUCAAUGAAAGCCGAUUCUGAUUCUGAUUCUGAAAUUUACUCAAUUUUUAAUGAACAGGACUUUGAUAGUAUUAAGACACGGCGAAAGGCGUUACUGGGUUCUGAUUCUGACAGUGAUUCUGAAUAUGAGAAAGCUAAGCGAAUGGUUUCUGGCUCUGUUUCUAAUACUGACACCAAGAAGAGCUCUCACAAGAAUAGUAAAAAUAAUAGCAAUACCUCGUUUGAAAAUAUGCCUUCGUUCAAAUCUGAAACAUCAAUGUCACAGAAGGAUAUCCCAAGUGGUACUCCACAGGAAAUUAUUACCAUUUUGGAAAGUAGUGAUGAAGAGGAAAAGAAUGUGAAGGAAAAUAUUCCCACACUUGUUAAUGCUCAAAAGCCAAUAAUUCCAACAACACCUCAUUUACCUACCAAAAAUGGUGCAUAUCAAACUAAGGAAAAAACAAAUACAUUACAAGAUAAGAUAAAUGGUCAAGAGGGGGCAUCUGAACCACUUGUUGAAGAAAUGGUUCAGGAUCAAAUUCGUCCUGCGCAACCCGUGACUGAGGAUGAACUUAUUUCAGAACACGAUGCUAUGAUUCAAGAAGAUGAAAUUACUUCAGAACAAGAUGAUAUAUUCGAAGAAGAUGAAGCUAUUUCAGAAAAAAAUGAUAUAGUUAAUGAAGAAGAGGAAGCACGCGCUUCGAAAGAUAUCGGGGGUGAAACAGUGGAAACCAUACUUGAACUACCAUUACUGGCUGCCAAAAAUCCAAACGAGGUAAUUCUGGAAAGCUCUCAUAUCAAGAACACAGUUGGUAAAAAUGUUUCCCCUACUGAGACCUUCCAAUCGCGUGGUCAUGUUGAAUUAAAAACCAACCGAGCAUCUGCGUCAGAACAGGCCAAUAUUCCUAGCUCUUCCUCAGAUGAAGAACUUCUGGAAGAAAUAGAAGAAUUUGAAGAACAGAAAACUGAAACAAAAAGGCCUAAGUCAAAUAUGUCUGAUAAAAUUCCUCGAGUUAAGAAUAAUUCUAAUUUAAAAGUCACUGCUCUUCCUAAUGCCCAAAAGAAGCAUGAAAAUAAAACCGAACCCACUAUUCAAGAUGAAAGCUUAACUAAGAAAGAGACUUUCCAUGUCAAGUUUGGCCGUUCUGAUUUCAUUAAUGGUCUUUUUAGAAAGUGUUACUGGAUUUUGAAGAAGUUACUUACUUUAACUGUGCUUACUUUCAUUUUAUUUUUUGGGUUCUGGUAUCGAGAACAAAAAUUCCAGGUUGGUUAUUGUGGUACUGAACUCAGAAAGCCAAUGCAUCUACCGAAUGGUUUGAAGUUUCAACAACUAAUGCAACUUGAUGAAUUACUUCAAGAAAACUUCAGACCACAAUGUGUGCCUUGCCCUGACAAUGCAAUUUGCUACCCAUACCUUAAGCUGAAGUGUAAACCCAAAUAUAGACUAGUGAAACCGUUAUUAGGUUUGAAUGGUUUGUUACCAUUGAGUGAUUCAUGUGUAAGAGAUGAUCAAAGGGAACAACUGGUCUCUGAGGCUGUUAGAAAAUCCCUAGAUUUUUUGAGAUCAAAGAAUGCUCAAAUUUCUUGUGGUGACGGGAAUGAUGAUAUCAAAAGUGGAUUAAAUGAAAACGAAUUGUUCCAAAUAUUUAAUGAGGCUCGUGCUGCCUGGAUCAGUGAUGAAGAAUUCAAUGAAAUAUGGGACCAAGUGGUUUCUAAUUUAAAAAAUGAGCCGGAGAUAAUAUAUAGGCAAGUGAGUAAUACUGAAUUUUUAAUUGCGAAAGCGUAUGAUGAUCAACAUUUUACUAACAACAUUAUUACGUGUUCAUUACAGUCCUCUGACAGUAUCUCUAGGAAUGCCGCCAACGUCAAUUUUGGAUCCAAUGACUUUCAGAAACAGAAGGGACAUAUUCCAAAAGGUGACCAACAGAAAGAACAAGGGUAUUUUCGCUCGACAUCCAAGAAGUACAUCAGUCUCCGAUGUAAAUUUGAAGGAGAAAUCCAUCAAAAUUAUCAACGGUAUAGAUAUCUAAUAUGGGUUGUUGUUUCUAUAUUAGUUCUUGUCAAGAUUUUAGAGAGAAAACUUAGAAAUUAUUAUGAAACGAAGGUCAAGAUCAUAAAUUUAACAAGAAAGGUAAUCAAUGAGUUGAAGCAAGUAAAGAAAAACGGAAGGUCACCUAAGUACUUAAGUUCGAUUCAGCUACGAGAUAUAUUUCUCAUAGAAGUUGUCAAUUUGAAAGAGAAAAACCAGCUUUGGAAGCAGAUUGAAAGAAAAUUGGAAAAUAAUAAUAGUAAUAUAAAGUCCAGCCUUCUGGAAGUUCAUGGCGACAUUAUGAAAUGUUGGGAAUGGAUUGGACCCUUAGAUGACAACAUUUCAGACAAACACUAA